AUGUGGUUCAGCACCCUACUUGCCGCGCAGCAGCUCUUAACUCUUAUCGUAGAGAUCCACAAAGGCGAAAGUCUUGAGCUGGCUCACGUGCAGCGCACUGACAUGGGUGCAUAUUACUGCAUUGCCAGCAACGGGGUACCGCCCACCGUCAGCCGCCGGUAUCACGUGCAAGUACAUUUUAUACCACAAGUCAAAGCUGCGCUACAAUUAGUGGGGGCUCCGCUUCGCAGUGACGUAGAACUGCAGUGUUAUAUUGAAGCCUCUCCGAAAGCUAUGAACUCCUGGUAUCGGGAAGAUGCGUUGGUGAGCGAUAAACUGCUAGAGAAUCCAAAGUUCCGUAUAGUGGAGCGCUCGGUGAACGAGUAUUCUUUAUGGAUGAACCUGACUAUAAAAUCGCUGGCUUUCGGCGAUUUUGGCACUUACGUGUGCGCCUCAGUCAACGCGCUCGGAAAGAUGGAGAGUCAAGUUAGCUUACACAAAAUCGACGUGAAUCUUAACGGCCCAGGGGAUGUACCCUUGGUAUCUGGGGCAGCGUGGCAGCGCGCGAGAAAUUUACCAGCCCGAGCACGUGCGUCCCCAUCACAUUACAUCACACAGCACCUCGCCCAAAUACACGCCAUAUUACUGACAACUUUAAGAUAUAUGUAUAAUGACUUUACUUAG